AUGAAUACGGCCACUCUGGGCGCAUCUUCCGAAUUGGGCUCCGAAACCAGUCACGAAGCCAAAAAGCUUCUGGGCCCUGCGGCGUACCUAGUCAAAGCCCCGGCCUCCACUCCCGCCACGGCCAUCAAAGCCGCUGGCACCAAGAUGGCUGGGGGGGAAUCUGGUUCCGGAGCGCAAUGGGGAGAGAAGGACAAGGGCAAGGGCAAGGGGGGAAAGAGAGGGGGUUGGAAGGAGACGGUGGAGCAGAUUCAUGAGCAGGUUUUAAAUUUGACUGCGGGAAACAGCCGUCAGCUGGCGAGCAUGUUACAGGCCUGUCCUGAUGCCCUGUUGGAUGACGGCCUGUUGGACAUCACAUACGUCACAGGCGGCGCCGUGGACGGGGCCACAGCCCUGGUUGGGGAGAUCUUGGCCCGCGGUCUGGACGCCGCCCAGCCCUCCAAUGUCCGUAUCCUGAGGGUUCCUUGGAUCUUGUUGAUGGUGGAGGAUCCGGAUCCAGAUCUUAUGUGGCCGGGCAACAGGGACGGCGAGCCCGUGCCUCCCGGGCGUAGGUUUGUCCUGGAGGCGCUCCCCCGCCGGGUGGCCAUGCAUUUGCCUGAGAGCAGUCGGGACCUGCUAACGGAGGGGGCCGACCCACGGGUCAACGCGCCUGUCAUCGCAAUAAACCGAAUGCGCAAGGGCGCCAUCCGGGCCAUGCUGGCCCAGGUGCGCAUUUGGACCUGUGUCGGAUGUGUUUAG